AUGGUGUUCCAGACGGAGAUGCUGACCAACGUCUCCGGCUCAGCUGAUGGAGAUGAGGUCUGUAGGUCUGACCGCGGUUACAUCACCUCUCUGGCUCUGGUCAACGCUUUCACCUUCACCGUCGGCCAACCCGUCACCGCCACGCUGCUCUGUAUCACUUUCACCUCCAGGAAGUCCGUGGACAUCCUGAACUGUAAUUUAGCUCUUUUCCACAACUUCCUGUACCUGGUCUGCAUCCUCCACUUCAUCUUCUUGUUGUCUUGGCAGCACCGGGCGCAGCGGCUGCUGCAGCUCCUGCUGGUGUACGCCCAGAUCGGAGGGCCGAUGAGUUUGUGUUUCAUCUGCUUGGAGAGGUAUGUGGCUGUGAUCCGGCCCACCUCUUACCCCCUGCUGAGGAGGUACAGGUGCAGGGAGGUCGGCGCCGUCACGGUCUGGGUGUCUUCUCUGUGUGCUGCCAUGGUAACCAUCCUCACCAACAACAGCCCCUCCACCGAGUGGCUGAUGAGCGCCGUCCCCUUAGGCGUGAUGCUACUGAUGACCAAGCUGAUGGUGUGGGGCAGCAUCAGCAUCGCCCGCGCCCUCAGGAGGUCUGGUCCAGGAAGGGACGAGCUCCACCCACUCAAGAGGAAGGCCUUCAGAACCGUCUGCGCCACCACCGCUCUCAACCUGCUCUGCUACAUCCCCGUAGCGCUGCUGCUGGAGUUCAAGCUUCUAGCUCGGCAGACCUUCCAGUGCUGGCUCACGCCGGUCUGCUUCCUGGUUCUGUCUGCCGCCAGCGUGGUCCACCCCAUGUUCUACCUGUCCACCCAGGGGGGGCUGCCCCCCUUCUGCAAGAGGCCAGCGGCUGAAUAA